GUGGUGAUAUAGUGUUAGUGAGAUAAGCAUGGAGUGUCGAGCUUUGUUUGUGUGUCUGUUUGUUUUUGUGUGCGCCGAAGGAAUUUUCGGUCAAGUGGGCAGCUUGUGCCGGGCGAACGAGCGCCUGUUAUCCUGUGGAGGAUGUCAGGCGACUUGCCUGGACCCGGUACCUGAUUGCAAGGGCAUCUGCCGGGAGGGCUGCUACUGCCAGGAGGGCCAGGUCCGGAACUCCACUGGCCAUUGUGUACAGCUGGCGGAGUGCCCGCCGACGCCUGCUGGUCUAAAACAGGAGACGUCUGAGCCUCGGGAAGACAACUGUCCAGAAAACGAGGAGUACAGGUUUUGCGAGCCCUGCAACAGGACCUGUGACAACCCGAACCCGGUCUGCCCGGCACAGUGUGCCCGGGGCUGCUUCUGUAAGGGAGACCUCGUGAGGGACAAGGACGGAAGAUGCGUUAAUUAUGAGAAGUGUUCGAGCAGGAAUUUGAUCAAAAAAGCGGCUUUCCUACCUCCAAUUCCUAUGUUAUCAUGCGGUCCUCGCCAGGUAUUCAAACUGUGCGAAGUCUGCGAGAAGACUUGUAGCAACCCCAAGCCAAACUGCCCCAGCGAGUGCAUGAGAGGGUGUUUCUGUCAGGACGGCUACUACAAGGCUCCAAGUGGCGCGUGCGUCAAGUUGGAGGAUUGUCCCGAAGCCGAAGAAACCAUAGGCGGCGGUGACACCACCAUAGACGACUGUGCUCCUGAUGAGGAAUACUUCUCCUGCGGCUGGUGCGAGCCAAGUUGUUCGGACCCGAACCCCGACUGUCCUCUGAGGAUCUGCACCAGCGGGUGCCUGUGCAAACCGCCUCUCCUCAGGCAUAGGAGUGGACAUUGCGUCAAUGCCAAGGAUUGUAUACCACAGAAAUGUUCGAACCCUAACGAAGAAUACGUCUGCCGAUACGGCUGUGAAGCACGAUGUAACGCUAACCUGUGCCUGGGAAGGCCUAGGAGGUGUUCCCUGGGGUGCCACUGCAAACUCGGGCUUCUCCGGGACGCCCGAGGACAGUGCGUGGCCCCGGAGAAAUGCGCCAGCAAUAAUACGGCGGGAGUCGUUAAUUAUCGUUAGUUAGUGGGAGUAGUAUUGAUGAUGGAUCCAUAGAAUGGAAAGGGUUAAGAAAUGAGGAAAUAUUGCAAUGUGUAUUUUAUUAAUUCUUCUUCCUCCUGGCUUUUAGUCCCGGUUGCAUCCUUACCACUCAGCAGAGGAGCUUGAGGUAUGCCUUUGACUAUGAACCCUGGAAUGGGUGAGUUUUUACACGAAGCGACUCCCGUCUGACCUCCGCAACCUUUACAAGUAGGUAAACCGUCCUAACCCGUAUUGGAUCGAUCAUGUUAACACAUCCAGUUUCCUGAAUGUGCAGGUUUCCUGUAUUUUAUUAAUACCUAUUUGAUUAUUCCAAUUUGUAGAAGUGGAGUCUGAAACAGUUCUCUGAUGUUCUUGCCUUCAAAAUGUUAACGAUAUAAUUUUUAUUCUUUGAACCAAUCGAAAAUCGAGUGGUUUUAUAUUUUUCUGUCGAUGAAUUGUUCAAUGAUAAAUAUUCUGUUGUGCAAUUGUUUGGAUUGGCUGAAUAUUAUGAAUGGAAAGCCGUUCAUAGGCCAACAGGAGAACAAUUUCACGCUCGUAGAAAUGGCAGUAUUAGUUACAAAUAACGUAUUUUUGUAAACACUUCAAAAAAAGGAGGUGGUUUCUCAAAUCGACCGUAUAUUUUUUUGUGUUCAAACCUAUAAACUUGUUUUAAAUGCCUUCUAAUGCAUGCAUACCUACUUAACGGAAAGAGCCGACGGCGCUUUUCUUAAUAAGAUAUAAACACAAAUUUGUAUUUUGAAAGAUAGCUCCACUUUUAGUACCUAUCAAAUAUUAGGAUGUCGAUUAAUCAGGGAGUGGUGGCAUGAAUGGUUUGCUUGAUGGAGGAGACCAGGAUCCUGG